AAUGAUGAUCAUGAGUAGAGAAGGUAGUUCGAACUAUAUUCUUUUCUCAUAUCUUAGAUAUAAAAGAUUACUAACAGAAAAUAAAUACUAAAUAUAUAGCAUAUUAAAUUAUGAACAAGAGAACUAAUUUUGAUUUUAUAUAGCAUAUUAAAUAUAUAGAAUAGGUAAUAUCAUCCUGAUUUUACAUAAGGACUAAUUUUGACUAUUUCAACUGGCCCUUUAAAGUAAAUCAAAUUUCUGAAAGAGUUGUCUUUGGUGAAUCAUGAUUUUAAUAGAAAAUGAGUUCCCAACCACCAUCACAAUCUCCAACAACUACAAAGAGUAAAGGAAAAGCUUCCCAAAACUCCCAACCCUCACAAGGUUUAAAGGCACAUUGGGACACAAAAUCUACUGAAAUUUUUGUCAAACUUUGUGUGGAGCAAGUGAAAGCAGGUCACAGACCUGGUACGCACUUAGAUAGGGUUGGUUGGGAAGCAGUUAUUAACAAGUUCAAAAUUGCAACUGGAAAGUCAUAUGUUCGCAUUCAGCUUAAAAAUCGUUGGGAUACCUUAAAAAAGGAGUGGGGUCUUUGGAAAAAUCUAUUGAGAGGUGAAAUGGGGCUGGGGUUAGAUCCCUUGACUGGAGCUAUCAUGGCAUCUGAUGAUUGGUGGAAUUUGAAGCUACAGAGGUAUCCUGAUGCGGCCAAAUUUCGUGAGAAGCCAUUGACAUUGGCCGAUGACAUGGACAUACUAUUCUCUGAUGUUUCUGCAACUGGUGAGUGGGCAUACACUCCAAGCUCUGGAGUGUUUCUUGACACUGAGGGAUCUCACACCCCACUUGGUGAUGAUACUGAUACGGAAAUUCAUCCAUCUGAAUUGAGCAACCAAUGUCGUCGCCAAAAAGAGGGUCCAUCAAAGAAACAAAAGGGGAACAAAAAACAAUCGGUUGCCGGUGAGUUGAGUAAGACACUUAACCGCAUUGUCGAUGCUGUGGAGGCAUCAUCUUCAACUGGUACACAGAAUGCUUCUAUGCAAAAUCCGCACACAAUAACUGAGUGUUUGGGGUUAGAUUAG